GCAGCUGCGCAGACCCUCCAUCACAGGGGCGUCACUAGAGGGGUUUCCGGUGCGAUCUGCGCCGAUUUACUCCAUUUAUUUAUUUCAUUGCUCCACUUCGACAUAAAAAAAAACACGCGAUCUGAUCUUCCUCUGCCUCUCCCAGCACCCAUGCCGAAAGAACAGAUCCCUGACGUCACGAACGCACCACUCUGCAGCUGUUCUUACGUCACACCGUCCGCGAGCAUCAAUGCAUAUGCAGUUGGCGUAAAGAGCGUCAGAGGCACGCUCAGAAAGGCUAAAUCUUGUUGAAGGAGCUGAAUCGGCAGAGCUGACCUCCAGUGUGGUGGACGUCUCAAUCACAGACACAGCAGAGGACAGACAGUGGUGACAGUCCUCAUCGUCUUCCUCACUCCCUGCAUCCCUUCAUCACACUUGACAUGGCUGACCCAAGCCUCACGUCACCCUCCGGAACGCCGCUGCGCUCCCCCAGCACCCCCCUCAACCUCUCCUUCCCUUUCCCAAAGGAUGGGAACAGGGUGUGGCCAGAAGGGAGGGAGCCCCCGCUUCCCCGGGACCUGCCCAGCCCGCUGCCGACCAAACGCAACCGCACCUACUCAGCUACGGUCCGUGCUCAGUCUGGUCCAGUUUUUAAGGGCGUAUGUAAGAACUUUUCCAGAUCACAAGGCCACGGCUUCAUCCAACCGUGUCACGGUGGAGAAGACAUCUUUGUUCACAUCUCAGAUAUUGAAGGGGAGUACGUCCCUGUUGAGGGAGACGAGGUCACAUACAAGGUGUGCCGAGUGCCUCCUAAGAACAUUAAGGUGCAGGCCGUGGAGGUGAAGAUCAUACACCUCAACCCGGGGACCAAACAUGAGACCUGGUCCGGACAGAUCAUCAGCUCGUAGGGACUGAGAUCUGCUCCGGGUCGGAUGGGUGGCGAUGGCAGCGGUGCUCCUGGACUCUUUGCUUUGUUUAAAAAAAAUUAGACAUACAUGUUCCUCUUUAUUUCAUGAAGAGCUGGCAGGUACUUAACGUCACAGUUACAGAUAGCUGCUCCCGCAGUGGCACUGAAUUAUACUAAAGAAAGGCAGUUUUAUUGUGUUAUUUAUGUCUGUUAUUACUGAAUUUAAACUGGGACCAGAAACGCAUCAGAGCUUGAAGUGGGAGAAGCUUUCUGUGUCGGUUUCACCACAGAUGGUGUAAAAAAAAAAA